AUAAACUGGCGACCUAGCGGAGCGGCGUGUCGGUCUUCUUUUUGGUGACAGCUUUCUUUCCACAACCAACCAUCUUGGGGAUUCUGAGAAGCGGAGUAUAAAGUGUUUGUGGGCUGUUGAAGUAAUUCACAGGUGUAUUACAUGGUCCGGUUUACCACCAACAGGAGGGAUACAAAUCUCCCCAAAUAUUGACUAUGUUGAAAUGGUCUUUCACGCUAGCCCUAUUCUUAGAGUUUUCGUAGAAAGCAACUUAUUUUCUAUAAUGGGAACAAUUACUGGUAAUUGAGUGUGCCUGGAUUUGAGAAGAAAAUGUUACGCUCGCGCCCAGCUGUAAAGUCACAUGACACACGCCCCUGAUCACGUGACCGCCGAAACACUCCUCGUUCCUUUCUACAUGUGUUUACGACGUUCUUAUACCUCAGUGGUUUAUGGAGGAGAUGGAAGUCAACAUGAACACAUUGCUGGCAGCAGGGCUUCUACUGCUUUUCGCUAUGCCCGGCGAACUUUACAGAAUCCCUCCGCACGAGGAAGUCGCUAGGAUGGCUAGAUUCGUCGCCAACCAGUGCAACUGGGCUUCCAUGGCCACAAUAUCGACCCAUGAGCCAGUGCAAGGACAACCCUUCUCCAAUGCGUUCUCUACCAGUGACGGGCCAGUUGGGUCUGGGACUGGGGUGCCCUACAUGUACCUCACCACUAUGGAGAUCUCUGUCCAGGAUUUAAAGGUGAACCCCCAGGCUUCCUUGUCCAUGUCCCUGGCCCAGACAGACUUCUGUAAGAACCAAGGAUACGACCCUCAGGAUCCCCUUUGUGCCCACAUCAUCUUCUCUGGCUCUGUGCUGGAGAUUAACGGUACAGAGGCCACCUUUGCCAAGAAAGCCCUGUUCAGCCGCCACCCUGAGAUGGUCGACUGGCCCACCGACCACAACUGGUUCUUUGCCAAGAUGAACAUCACCAAGGUGUGGGUUCUGGACUACUUUGGAGGGGUGAAGACAGUCACCCCAGAAGACUACUUCAAGGCUACACCCUACAAGAGACACCACUGAGAGGACACCACGGUCAGUUUGAUGUGGAGGAAUCCCGUGUGGUCCCGUGUGGCUCAGUUGGUAGAGCAUGGCGCUUGCAACGCCAGUGUUGUGGGUUCAUUCCCCACGGGGGCACCAGGAUGAAUAUGUAUGAACUUUCCAAUUUGUAAGUCGCUAAGAGCGUCUGCUAAAUGACUUAAAUGUAAUGUAAAUGAAUCCUAAGUGUUUCAUAGUGAUCUAGAAGGCAGGGGAUGAUGGACCCAAUAUUUGGAACAAUGAAGCCGUUCCCCACCCCCCCCAACUAAAUUUGCUCAAUAAUGGCCAUUUGCUGAAUUCCAAAUAAUGUAAUAUCUACUGGGGUGUCUGUGGGGGAAGGGGAUGGUUUGGAAUUCAGAGUUUCUCUCAUAUGCUUCCAAUUUAAAUGUAUGGCUAUAGGGAUGGAUCUCUGUGUGUAAUUGCAUGAGUGAGCAGGUUAUACCCUUUAGGAAGCUCUCUUGUUGUGCAAUAUAAUUAUUUUAAGAAGGACUGCCUUUGUUGUUAGGGAGUUCAUUUGGCUUUUGUAGUUCUAAGAAAGAAUUGAUGGCAUCUCUCCCAUGUGAGCAGUCAUAUGCAGUGUUGUAUUUUUACCACAAGAGGGGAGGUGUGAGGCUUGGUACAGACAGAAGCAACUGGCUUGAAGGGUAGUUUGACCAAAUGACAUAUGUUGUUGUAGUAUGGAGGGGAUUGUUUUUGUAAUGCCAUUUGGGGUAUGCCAACAAGAGUACCAUCACUCUAUUGCUUUUGGACAAUGCCACCAAUAAGCUGUGACAAGGUAAACAAACCCACAUUCUGGGUGGCAGACGCUAGCGCCAUAGAAUACAUUUUAAUGUAGCUAUCCAUCAAAUUAGAAUAAGUUGUCAUUUGGGUGAACCAUUUCUUCAAAGCAAAGGAAAAACAUGACGCACGCUCUUGUUGAAUUAAAUUGUGUGUUAUAGUUAGUGGUUUGUGUUGAUUAUGAGGCAUUGCACUUGUCAUCUACAAAUCCAUUUCUCAUUUUACUAGUAAACCAUUUUUAGUCUUCAUUUAAUCAGUUUGGGUCUAAUUCAUUUAAAUUCAAAUUCAUGCCAAAAUAUAACUAAAUAUGACAUGCAUUUAAAACAAAAUGUAUUCAGUUUUACAACUUCACUUCUGAUUUUUGCUGGAAUUUAAAUACAUUCUUUGUAUAUUUUCUACGUGAAAUAAGUAUUUUAUAUAUAUAUAUAUAUGCUACUCUAUUUGGAAAAAAACAUCAGUGUCUGCAAUGGCUUCAUAACAUUUUGUGAUCACCACCUGUAAAACAAACGGAUUGAAGUUUUGAUGCUGACACGAUACAUAUUUUUGUAAACAAAAUGAUGGAUGAUUUGUAUAAAUAAAGCUAUAUUUUGUAUGUACAGUA